AUGGCCCAACUCCUAGCCUACUCCAGCUCCAGCCUCGGAAAAAACCAAAGAAACUCGCCGAAAAACCUAAUCCGGCGAGACUCAGGUCCCAAGCUGGUGUCACCGACCCCGUCCGACAAGACUUCCAAAGGAGGAUUAGGUCGGAUUAACUCGGGCCAAUUCGUCUGGGCCUGUCACCACAAUCACACCCCGUGGAGGCGUGGCCGGAAGGUAGGCGUUGAUGGAAUGGUCGAAGUUGGGACAAAUUUGGGCCCUAAGUCAUUUUGUUUUGAUUGGUGACUUGAAGUGAAGUUGAACUUCAGCUUGGACAACUUUUUCAAGUUGGGACCUAGUUAG